UCUUUGGAGGGAGGCAGCCCGAGCCAACCGGAGCGGAGCGCUCCCACCCCCAGACGGGUCUGGGCAGAGCUGGAUCCCGGACGCGUGCGGAGGGAGGAUGAGCGGCGCCGCUUGCGGGCGCACGGAGCCCGCUUGACAGUAUCCCGAGAGCGCCGCAAGAUGAAGACACCGCUGGUAAAGCGCCAUGCCGCUGCCGUGCUUCUCGUGCUGCUGCUGUGCGCCAGCCUCUUCCUGGUCUACAACGGCAGCUUCCACAGCAUCGUCCGGGAUGCCAAUGACACGCGAACGCCCGAGCGGCCGUUACGGCCCACCGGCGUCUCUUUGGGCCCGGCCCGGCCUCACCGGCCGGCCCUCCAGGGCUACAGCAGCAUCGUGGACCACAAGCCGCUGAAGAUGCACUGCCGGACGUGCGCCCUGGUCACCAGCUCGGGCCACCUGAUCGGCGGCGGGCGCGGUGACGAGAUCGACCGGGCCGAGUGCGUGCUCCGCAUGAACGACGCGCCGGCGGCGGGGGAGUACGCGUCGGACGUGGGGCGCCGCACGUCCCUGCGCGUCAUCGCCCACUCCAGCAUGCAACGCGUGCUGAGGGGUCGCAACCAUCUGCUUAAUGCCAGCCAGGACGCCGUUUUCAUCUUCUGGGGACCCAGUAGCUACAUGCGGCGAGACGGCAAGGGCCUGGUGUACAACAACUUGCGGCUCAUGAGCCAGGUGCUUCCUGCGCUCAAAGUCUACAUCAUCUCCUGGCAGAAGAUGUUGCAGUUUGACGAGCUCUUCAAGAGAGAAACGGGCAAGGACAGGAGGAUAUCCAAGUCGUGGCUGAGCACCGGCUGGUUCACGAUGACCAUCGCCCUGGAGCUCUGCGAUCGGAUCAACGUGUACGGCAUGGUCUCGCCCGACUUCUGCAGGGAUCCGGAGCAGCCUUCGGUGCCCUACCACUACUACGAGCCGCGGGGCCCCGACGAGUGCGCCAUGUACAUAUCGCACGAGCGCGGCCGACGGGGCAGUCACCACCGCUUCAUCACGGAGAAGCGGGUCUUUGCCGACUGGGCGCGGACGUUCGACAUCCGCUUCUACCAGCCCGACUGGAGCCCUCCGCCGGCUAACGGCACCGUGGACGGACGGGGGAGUCGCCAAGGAACGCCAAACGGGAGCGGACGGCAAGAGCCGACCCGCCGCCCAGGGAAGGAACGCGAGCUGACUUUGACGCCAGACGACUUGAUCCUGAUUGACGCUUGUUGAGGAAAAUAUUUCAAGGCUUCACAAGCCCACGGGUUCUUAAUCUUCUUUCUCUUUUCACCGUGACGGUGAAGUUAUACGAGGAGCGAACCGCGUCGUCCGAUGCUCACUCGGGAGCAAUGUCAAUCAUAUGGUGCGCGCUUGUUUGUUGGCACAAUUGAAAGGGACUUCAAUAUAAAGUGAAACGUUGAUUUGGUUUUGGAGGAAGUCAAACUGAAUGAGCUUUCUUUUGCCGUGUCCACAUUGGCAAUUGCUGUUUACUUGCCAGACGUGUCGCCCAUUUUUCCACAUUGACCAAACGGACGCAAUUUGAUCACGGUUGACAAAGCGGACAUUUCCUUCGAUCCAAAGUCAAUUUGAGGCUGAAUUUCAUUCAAAUGACAAGAGGAGAAGCCGCUAGCACCGUGGCAGCAAUUGUGAAGGCAAGAGGGAGGAAGGAGCCCAACUGCAAAAGCUGCAAAGGUUUUCUACUGUACUUAAUUGGAUGCCAUCAAAUGGUAGCUAAGGACUACGUUUGUCGAAAUAAAGCGCAACUCAUUUCAGCAAC